AUGCGUCUCAAUUGGAUUCUUGUCACCGUCUUACUUGUCCUGCUAUCGAUAGUUCUCACCAGUAGAACAGUCGAUGCAAGCAAGAAAUCGAAACAAGAAAACAAAGAAGAAUCACGCGUUUCCGACAACGAUGAUGACGACAAUGAUGAUAAAAAAGCAAAACUAAUCGGACGUGAACGUGCUUCAGGUUUUCUAUCGUAUAACGAAUGUAUGAGGAGGAUGAACUGUGCCAAAUCACGACGAGAGGAAUGCAGCGAAGAGUGUGCAACAGGUAAUACCGAAAAUGAAAUGGAAGAAUAUUCUGAAAUAUUCGAAAAUCUUGAAAAUUAUAAAGAAGAUUCGAAAAAGAAUAGACCAAGAAAGCAAGAUGAUGACGAUGACGACAGCGACGAUGAUACCAAUACUAAUGAAGAAGAAGAAGCUGAUGAGGAAGAAAAGGAUGAAGAAGAAGGUACCAACAAUGAGGAAGACAAUGAUGAAGAAGAAAAGGAUGAAGAAGAAGGUACCAACAACGAAGAAGACAAUGGUGAGGAGGAAAAUGAAGAAGAAGAGAAGGAUGAAGAAGAAGGUACCAACAAUGAGGAAGACAAUGAUGAAGAAGAAAAGGAUGAGGAAGAAGCUGAUGAAGAAGAAAAGGAUGAGGAAGAAGCCGAUGAAGAAGAAAACGAUGAGGAAGAAAAGGAUGAAGAGGAAGGUACCAACAACGAGGAAGACAAUGGUGAGGAGGAAAAUGAAGAAGAAGAAAAGGAUGAAGAAGAAGGUACCAACAAUGAGGAAGACAAUGAUGAAGAAGAAAAGGAUGAGGAAGAAGCUGAUGAAGAAGAAAACGAUGAGGAAGAAAAGGAUGAAGAGGAAGGUACCAACAACGAGGAAGAUAAUGAUGAGGAAGAAAACGAAGAAGAAGAAGCUGAUGAAGAAGAAGGUACCAGCAACGAGGAAGACAAUGAUGAAGAAGAAAAUGAGGAAGAAGAAGCUGAUGAAGAGGAAAACGAUGAGGAAGAAAACGAUGAAGAAGAAGGUACCAACAACGAGGAAGACAAUGAUGAGGAGGAAAAUGAAGAAGAAGAAGCUGAUGAGGAAGAAGAAGAUGAGGAAGAAGGUACCAACAACGAGGAAGACAAUGAUGAAGAAGAAAACGAAGAAGAAGAAGCUGAUGAAGAGGAAAACAAAGAAGAGAAAGAUGAUGAUGAUGAUGACGAUAACAACGAAAAUAACAAAGAAGAAGACAACGAAGAAGAGGAAAAUGAUGAGGAAGAAAAGAAAGAAGAAGAAGAUGAUGAUGAUGACAAUGAUGAUGAUGAUGACAAUAACGAAAACAGCAAAGAGGAAGAAAACGAAGAAGAAGAAAAUGAUGAAGAAGAAAAGAAUGAAGAGGAAGAAGAUGACGACGAUGAUGACAGUAACGAAAAUAAGAGCAAAGAAGAAAACCAAGAGGAAGAAAAUGAUGAAGAAGAGAAAAACGAAGAAGAGGAAAACGAUGAUGAUAAUGAAUCCAAGAAUAAAAAGUCAAAACGUCGUAAUUAA